GACUUCCAGGUGUGUAUAGAUGACUUCGUUGGAAACAAACUUGGCAGAUCUGAGCUUGAAAACCUCUCAACUCUUAGCGAACUGCCUGUCAUCUGGGGACCUAUGGCUGAAAAUUGUCGAUACUAAGAGAAACAGCAUAUAUUACAUGAGUGAAGAUGAGGUGGAAAGAAUCAGUCGAGAGGCGAAUCCUGGCGAGUCAGUGUUACGAGCAUGGGGCAACCGCGGGCAAUCGGUGCGGGACUUGUUGGUGCGACUUCAGGCUCUUUCGAAGCAUCAUGGACCUGCAAUGGACCAGGCGCAGCUUAUCCUCUCGAGAAAGUUUAAACCCGUACGAUGGGUGAAGUCUGACGAGAUUGCCGUCAGUAUAGUAGAGGACAAUUCCAUUGUGCGCUUACAAUGCAAAGCAGUGGGAUUCCCAUGUCCAGUCUAUCACUGGUACAGGAAUAAAGAGCUUGUGGAUGACGUUGCUGGUAACACAUUCGAUGUGCUCAGGUGCAAAUGCUCAUCCGAUUUGAACUUCUAUUGUGUGGUUACGAAUGAAAUUGAGGAUGGACAUGUUUAUUCUGAGUUUUAUCGAAAGCCUGGAAAGCAGUUUUCGUCUCGCAUCGUCUCACAAACCGUCUCAUUGGCUCCUUUUGUAGGAGACGAAUACAGAUGCGAUAGUUGUCGCACGGGUAACUUGGAAAAUUUACGAGAAAUAAUGGCCAGUAUGAAUACAACAGAAGAAAAAGCUCCAGUUGUCCCAGUCGCAGUAUACGACGGGGAAGAGCUGCUGGCAACAGAUAAAGUAGCGCUAAUUAUCAGUAAUUGUAUGUAUCAUCAUUUGCCAAAAUUGGUGACACCCCACUGCGAUGCAGAAACAUUAGCAACAGCUUUGCAGGACCUGAAAUAUAAAACCGUCACGCUUGCGGAUCUAACACUGCUUGAGAUGAAGUUUGUUCUGAAAGAAUAUAAAAAGCUUCUUGGCAAUGGAGUUUAUGCUGUCUUCUAUUUUGUUGGCCAUGGAUUUGAGGUUAAUGGUCAAUGCUAUUUGUUGCCAGUAGAAGCACCUGCAGAGGCUCACAAACCCGAGCAUUGUCUCUCUAUGGAUUUUGUUCUAAGCGAGCUGAGUGACCACAAUCCUGCGCUGAAUUUGUUGCUGUUAGAUGUUUGCAGAAAGUUUAUCCCGUAUGAGCUCAUACCAGCUUUUGUGGAGUACGCGGAACCAUUUAAAGCAAAGCAUCGACCGAAUAGGAAUACGGUCUAUGGAUAUUCGACAAGCGGAGGUGUUGGCGCUUAUGAGAUAAAAGGAGAAGUAAACGGCGUCUUCAUGAAAUACCUCAAAGCACAUUUGAGUCAGCCAGUAUCUGUCAUACAAAUGAUUAAUGACACACUACGAGAUAUCGAAGGAGAUGAGAAAGUGUGCGAUGUACAAGUGCCUGAGUUGAGGUCAACUUUGACGAGACCUAGAUCGUUAACGGACCCUCUGGUUUGGGAUGGACACACUGUUUCUUUCGAUCAUCAUACCAUACACUGGAGACUUAUGCAUGAGCUUCCAAAUCCUGUGCAUGUGCGUUUUGAUGAGCUAGCUUUGACGGUGACGAUAUGGUUCGACUUCUGCGGACAUUUCACAAACAAGGUGUAUGUGUUCUCAUCCGUAGGUGACCUCUUAGAUGAUGCGGAGGAGUUGGAGGACAGGGGUCUCUCAGAGAAUGCACUCUCUCACAUCGCUUAUCUUUCAUUUCCACCGGAAUUGGAUGCGUCGAAAGAACGUUUUGUUUCGGAUGAUGAUGAAGGUGUCUCACUCUGUCUACUUCUUUCUCAUCUUCAGCGCUCAAAAGGUGAACUGAAAUGCAAGGUACUGCUAAGAUCCAUUGAUAGCGAAGAAGUCGUUGCGACGCGGGAAGUCAACAUAGGUCAUGUUCUGAUUACAAGGAUUGAGAUGCUCAAGUAGUAGUAAGAAGCCCAAGACUAUGCUGGUGUGGAUAGCGAUCUCGAGCUGCCGAGGCUUGCUCUCUUUCCUUCUUGGAGGGAUCUUCGUCGCCGAUUGCCAGUACAGUGUGCUGAAAAGGCUAAAAGCUGUCUCACAAAGCUUGAAAGAAGUCCACUUCACAAAGCCAGAUAUCUGGUUUUGUGUGCAAGCUAUCUCAUUGAAUGUCUUUUAUCUAGGCUGCCACGGGUAUUUCUGUGAUUUACGAAGAUUCGAGUAUUUCGAUAAGUGAAUG